CAGCAGUUUCCACAGAUCCAGAUGCCAAUGUGGCCCCAGCCACCACCAAAUGCAUGGCUUCCCCAGAAUCCCAUGCCACCAAACUUACCAAGACCACAGAUCAAGGCAGGGGAAGGCCAGGCAACCCCAAGACCCAGCCAGCCACUACCAACAAAACCACCAACGACACCAAGGCCACCUACAAAGCAGCCCCCAGAAGGCCCCCCUCGGCCUAAAGAAGAGGAUCAACAGCCUCCACAAUACCCGUCAUUUGGCAAUGGGAUGUUUCCUUUUCAUCAGCCACCCUGGCAUAUUCCACAGCGUAUGCCUCCAGGGUAUGGACGUCCACCAGUCAGCAAUGAGGAAGGAGGGAAUCCUUUUUUUGGCUAUUUUGGAUAUCAUGGAUUUGGAGGACGACCCCCAUAUUAUUCAGAAGAGAUGUUCGAACAAGACUUUGAAAAGCCCAAAGAGGAAGAUCCACCCAAAGUGGAGAGUACCACCGCAGCCCCUCUAGCUAACUCCACAGUUCCUGAGAACAAUUCAACUCAACCAACCGUACCUGUCUCAGGAGGGAGUCAAGGUGGAAAUGAGACCAGCACAACAGGGAAGGAAGCUGAAGUGCAGAACCCUGGGAUCAAGUUGGCUCCUGCUGUUAAUGUCUCUGGCCAUGAUGGACCAGGAAGCCAGGUUCCCCCUGGCCCAUAUCAGCCAAAUAUUCUUGAAAACUCUCCAAAUCCUAAUUUAAGAGGUUUUCCCAUCAGCAGACAAUGGAGUCAAACAAGCUUCCCUGCAGGACCUAGACUGACGGUGCCUUUUUAUAGAAAUUAUCCUAAUCAAAGGAGUUACCAAUGGCCCAAUUUAGCUUAUGUAAGCAAGCAAAUAGUUCGCCCAGGAAACACAGCUUACCAAAAAGCUUAUCCUUCCAUUUCUAAGAGCAAUUCUCCUAAUCAUGUAUCUAAUCCAGCAAAUAACAGAAGAAAACCCCAGGGUCCAACCAAACAACCUGAAGAAAUAAAUGGUGGGUUAGCAGGUCCCAAGCUUGGCACUGCCCAUAAAGAGGAGCAGAUUCAAAACCCCAAAGAGAAUCCAGUGACCCAGAGAGAAAGAAUAACCUUUCCUACAAGGGAUCCAACCAGCACCUGGAGAAACCCACAAGGUUAUGAAACCAACAAAUCAAAUUAUAAAUUAACUCCUCCAGAGGGCAGCCCUCCAGUACCAAGUAUCAAUUCUGUUGACCAACAUGAAAAUUAUUACCCAAGGGUAGAUUCCAGGAGAUUCCCAGCUGGUGUACAAGCAUCAACUUUUCCCAAGGGGAUGGUUUCAGAACCAAGAAAAGGUCCAUCUGAUUCUGAAAUUAAUCCACCGGAAAUGAAACACGGAACCCAUCAGACUGAGGAAGGUCCGUACCCUCCAAAAGAAUCCUUUUUUCUGGGAAGCAACAUAUGGAACCCCCGAAAAGGAUCUCUAAUUUUUGAGGAUGAACCUACAAGGCAGGAAGGAUCUUUACUUUAUGCAGCCCUUGGAGCAAGAGGAAAUGUCCCCUACCCUGAAUAUGCUCCCUAUGAUCCUCAGAGGAGCUCUCCUUAUGCCAAAAGUAAUAUGUGGGAUGAAGGAGAUGAGUUUCCUGGCACUUUCAGACCAGCAAGUCAACCAGGAAAUCCAUCACAUUCCCUGAAUUCUCCUUCAGGUCAGAGACAUCCAUCAACUGACAAUGAAGAGGAUCCAGUUGACCCAAUGGGUGAUGAGUUUUACCGGGGACCUGAUGCAUGGGGUAAGGAAUCCAGUCUCAAAGGAAGUCAAGUUAGAUACCGUGAAAGAUACCCAUAUGCCCCCAGUCAUCCAUCCAAGCCAAAAGAAUACCUUCAACAUUCCACAGAUAACCUAGUAAGACAAAGAGAUUCGUCUUAUGGUGAAUAUUAUCCCUGGCACGCAGAAGAGCAUUUCCCACCUUACAACAUUGCUCCUCCUCUAACACCACCAAGAGAAAACAGUGGGUAUUAUUAUCCUCCUAACACCUUUGAACAAGAAGAGAGUACACCAUCUCCAUCUUGGGGGUCAUGGGACCAAAAGAAUUAUGUCCCAGCAAAUAAAGGAAGAAUACCUUAUUAUAAAAGAUAUUUCUGGGAUCAAGCCACCAAUUUACACAAAUCUGCAGCAAGUGCAGCGGAACAGAGAGAACAUCAAGCCCACUCCAGUAGUUUUCCAGCUGGGCUUAGAGGAAGCCUAACAUACCAAGAAGCAGAGAAUCUGAACUAUGACAGUAUACACAAUAACAGGAUAAAUACUCCUGAAAAGGGACAGCUUCCCGUCACUGACUCUGUGAUUCAAAACAACCUAAUAUAUCAAGAAGAAGUAAAUUCAUAUCCCCCAGCCAGCCAAAGAAGUCCCUGCUGUGCUGGUGAACCUCCAGGACCCAGAGAAAGUCCUCUCAUUCCACUAGAUUACUCUCCACCCUUUGGUCUUGUUUCAGGCGAUGAUGGAGAAAGAAAUCCCACAACUACCGAGGGCAGUCACACUAAGCAUGCUAGGCACAUCAUCUACCCCACAGACAUCCAACCCAACCAAAGAAAUAGUUCAGAGAAAAAUCCAUCCGAGAAAGGAGCAAAUCCAGACCCUUUCAGGGAUGACACAGCCAUGUUGAAAAAAAGCUUACCCUGUUCUAAAAAAAAAGCUUACCCUGGCCCAGCAGGCCAGAUAGAAAGCGUACCUUUUUCUGAAGCUGACUCCCUCCAAGCAAACAUGCCCUGCCGCAAAAGUAACCUUAGAGAAGGGAACAACGUUCUUGCAAAAAUCUUGGGAGCCAACCAGUUCAAUGAAAGAACCAGUAACCUUAUUCCUGAGGAACUUGAGGCUCCUGAAGAAAAUCUCAGGCCAGAAAACAUCCAAAGUGAAGGGGGAGGAAGUGAGGGUCGCGUGAAACAGAAAGGAGUGCCUAAUAUCCAAAAGGUGCCAUGCCUCCACUCUAAACUAAAGGACCAUCUCCUUUCCAGCACAGGUGCUCCGCUUGGCAAGAGGAGACCAGGCCCGUCAGCUGGAGAGCCAGCCAUGGUCUCUGCCCAGCCCAGCAGCACACUGACUGGACUGACAGCUAAAGAGCAGCUUAGUGGUACAAAUAUUGACCCACUUGUUGCCUCAGAGCCACCUCUUUCCUUUCCAUCUCUUUCAAGAGCAAUCCCAAGGAAUGCAGAGCUUCAGGACUGCCUGCUGCUCCAGAGCUAG